AUGCGCUCGCGUUCAGGCCAAAGUACAAUCACACACGCGCACGUGCCAACACGCGUACACCCGGUACGUUUUGAAUUUGGCGCGUUAAUCACCAAACGUGUUCUCAACUGCUCUGGUCUUCUUGCUGGUUCGAAGGCAUUGCGUGGAAGCAUCAUCCAAUUCAUCUUCUCAACGCACGUUCAGAGCUACUGGAAGCCUGAAGCAUUCGGUGUCGCUAAUUUCGCCUCAUCAAUGGGUCGGCUUCAGCACAAGACGGCACCUAAAGAAAAAAUUGCUGCUGUUCUAACCACCAAGACUCAAGUUGGCACGACCGCCUUCAACGCGUUUGCUCUCGUCACGCACACGCAACCCGGCUCAGCUGUAAAGGGAAUUUACAUUUACUUCCGAUUGGUCAACUUUGCGAUGACUCACCUCGAGGUAAUCUGCAAACUGUGUUUUAUGGUUUACUUCACUGUUGUGAGCACAGGCGCCUUCAUCAACGGUGUGAGCUGGCUGCACUUCAUCGUCCACAACGGCAACUGUGCCUGUCCAACUGUCAGCGAUCAUCACGCCUGUUGCAGUGCUGCUUUGCUGACCACGGAAAAGACGAGUGGUUCGCGAGAAUAUCCGAAUUCCGCUUGCUCCGAAAACGAAACUGAACGAAUGGAAGUGCAAACCGAGAUUUCCACACGUGGCAUCGGCAAGGUCGAUGCUUCAAAAGGGCACAGCGCACCCGAACAAGUCACUUCAAGCGCAUGA